AUGACGUCGCAAUGUUAGCUUGACGACAACAAACAUGGAGGAAUAUGCCCGUGAACCCUGUCCCUGGAGGAUAGUGGAUGACUGUGGAGGUGCUUUCACCAUGGGUGCGCUUGGAGGAGGGGUGUUCCAAGCAGUCAAGGGCUUUCGAAAUGCCCCUGCUGGUGUUGGACACAGACUGAAAGGUAGUGCAAAUGCAGUGAUGAUAAGAGCUCCACAGAUUGGAGGUAGCUUUGCUGUAUGGGGAGGACUCUUCUCCACGAUUGACUGCGGUUUAGUUCGCCUGAGAGGGAAAGAGGAUCCCUGGAACUCCAUAACAAGUGGUGCACUGACCGGGGCCAUCUUAGCAGCACGCAGUGGACCAUUAGCCAUGAUGGGCUCUGCCAUGAUGGGGGGAAUUUUACUUGCUCUCAUUGAGGGUUUUGGUAUUCUUCUAACCAGAUACACUGCACAGCAGUUUCAGAACCCUGUUCCCUUUGCAGACGACCCCAGUCAGUUGCCACCAAAGGAUGGAGCAGGACAGAAGGGGCAGUUUCAGUAGAGAGCAUUAAGAACUGAGGCCAGCUGUGGACAGAGUGAGUUAAAUCAAUGUGUAAUAGGACGCCAAGAGGUUAGCGACAUGAUGAUCAGUAGCUGGACAUACUGCUCCGUACAGUGGUGUCAGGUAGUUGCACUUUUUGCUUACACCUCAGGGGCAAAUUACUGUGAGUUUUAAUUAUUUAUGAGUAAAUGUUUAUAUGUGAACACUGGUCCUUCUGACAAACCUUACAUUUGCACCAUCAGAAUCUCAUACAGCUAUUGCUGUAUUAAUGGAUAUUGCAUCAUUACUGGGACCUUUUGGGGUUACAUAUGCAGUUUUCAAAACCAUGUUUAAAAUCUAUUUGAUAAUUCAGAUUCUAGGCAACAUCUAUGGAUGAAAAAAACCCAUAUUUUGCUUUUCCAUUGUUCUUUUGUGUUAUAUAGCCACAUUUUUGUGCAUGUAAAAAGCUUGCAAGCUUAUAAAGCUACACGAAAGAGAAUUUCCCACUAUCCCACAGAAGACACUGCACAUAACCGGCCAGAAACAGCCCGUUUUAAGUCCAAGCUUUUCUUCCAUUACUGAGCUACAUCAGUAUGUGACACAGUCUGCUAGUAUUUCCUCUCUAGAGCCACUUCAUGUUAGGGCUACGUCUCUGUCUGAAGGAGACAGGAGACAAAACAACGUUUCAGACAAACAGUGACAAGAAAACUUUAGCAAUAAAGAAAAAGAAAAAUUUUUUUUUUCCGUUGUGCACUAAUCUGACCACAAAAACAACAUCAGAAACCUGUAAAUGUGCAUAAUAUGGGCUCUUUCAAGGAAUAGUCUGACAAUUUGAGAAACAUGCUUAUUUAUUUUAUCGCAAAGAGUUAGAGGAGAACAUUGGUUCAUAUAUAAUCAGUAAUACCCUCAUGUUUUUAUGGUAAAUAUGUAACAGAAACCAGCAGCUACUUUCUUUUCUUCCCACAAAGACUCAUUAAUUAACACAGUAAAUUUGUUGAAUCUGUGCAAACACUAAAGUGUAAAACAUCAAAUUUGCAGUUUUAUAUGCCAGACUUGCUGGAUCCUCUCAUCUAACUCUCUGUGAAAUGUCCAACCAUUGCUUCCAGAGGUUUUGCACUUGAACACAUAGAUGUUGUAAACAGUGAAUCCAGUUUUAAUGACUGCAUGGUACAGGAAGAAAAACAGGACAUUUAUUUUUAUCCAGUGAGGGUUUACAAGAGAGAGUGGUGGUCUGAGAAUACGUUUUAGAUGUAUUUAAAUAUCAACUGUGACAAUCAAUGUUUUUAAUUAUGUGUGUGUUUGAGAUGGCUCAGCAAAACCCCAUUCCAUUCUUUGUUUGCAAUUUAUCUUAAUAAGUUAUUGCCUCAUUUGGCAGCUUUAGUAAUUGUCUUUUUUGAAUAUUUUCUUACACAUUAGAAAAACAAAAUCACAUCUUUUUCUGCAAUAAAUGAAAAAGACUUUCUGGAAACUAAGGCUGUAAUUGCUUAGCUCUGUUACAAUUUGCACCCAGUGUCACUUUGAUGCUACAGUAUUCAAUAGCAACCAAGCACUUUUUAAGCUUUUUAUUUUAUUGAAAUGGUAGCACCAGCCACUGCGAGGAAAUGCUGCCACAUGAUCCAGUGGUUUGCUGUCAAACUGUAUAGAAAGGAUGUUUAUUUAAUCUUAAUAUAUUUAUUGUGACAAAAAUAAAGGUAUUAAAUGUUCUAUAAGAAUUUA